UGGGGGCUUCUCUCUCUCCCCCCAUAGAGCGCAGCAUGAGCGCUCCGCAGCAAAAGGAUGUGUGAGCAGGCAGCGCGCUACUGUAGGGACGGAGUCCACAAACUGCUCAACAAAGAACAAGCCAAACUUCGAGCUCAAGAAAGCCGCGAGCAGCCGAAACCCGUAGCCGGUCAGGACAGCGAGUCCGCGACGGCAGCGCAGUCCGGAAACAGCGGCGCCCAGCCCGGUGGAAUCGACGGGCUCGUCCGCUGGAUCGUCACCAAAAUGAGCGACAACAAGAACAUCUCCAGCCGGGAGUACGCCUCCAGCAAGGAGGAGGUGGCCGUGGCUCAGGAGCAAUUCUUUGCCCCGGAACCGCGGAGAGGCAUCUCCGUUAUUCUGGAUAUAUUCCGAAGAGCCGACAAAGAUGAUGAUGGUAAGCUGUCUCUGGACGAGUUCCAGGCUUUCUUCUCUGAUGGCACGCUGAACGAGGAAGAGCUGGAGAAGCUGUUUCACACCAUCGACUCUGAUAACACCAGUAAUGUUGACACUAAGGAGCUCUGUGACUACUUUGCUAAGCACAUGGGGGACUAUGAAGGAGUUCUGGCUUCAUUGGAAACACUCAACCUUUCCAUCCUCAAAGCCAUGGACUUCACUAAGAAGGUUUAUGAGAGAGGAACCAACGUGGAGCAGUUUGUGACUCGUUUCCUGCUGAAGGAAUCAGCCAAUCAGAUCCAGUCUCUCCUGAGCUCUGUGGAGAGUGCCGUGGACGCCAUUGAUGAGCAGCACAGCCAGUCAGGUCAUCUACCUGCCAAGGUGAGCCCACGGAUGUCUGCGAGGCGCAAUGAAAACACCAUCCCUGACUAUCCCCCUAACAACAGAGUCAGUGCCAGGGAGGCUGUAAGGACCAUCAACACUGCUUCAGGUACAGUCGAAGUGAGGAAAGAAGGUCUUGAGGCUCAGAUCAACCGCCUGGCUGAACUAAUUGGACGACUGGAGAAUAAAACGGUCUGGUUUGAUCUGCACCAGAGGCUAACAGACACAGAUGGCACUGCCAGCGCAUCUUUGUUGCUGAUUCGUCAGGAGAUGGUGGUUUCCCAGAAGAAACUUGGCGAGUUUUGCGAGGCUCUGAAGCAGUAUCUGAAGAAUGUGUCCACUCAGAGAGACUGCUUUCAUGUGACUGCAGUGCGCCUGCCAGAUGGUUUAUCCUUUGUUGUCUAUGAAUUCUGGGAUGGAGAGGAGGAGUGGAAGAGGCACCUCCAGUCAGCCCCCAACAAAGCCUUUCAGCAUGUCAAGGUGGACACACUGUGCCAGCCGGAGGCCGUGUCCUCUGUAGCCGUGCCAGCUGCCUGGUGCAGUGUGAACAGGGACUGAGCAUGAAGAUAUACUACUACACGUCAAGACUCCUGGACACUACCCACUCCCUCUUUAAUACCCCUCCUAUCCUAAAACCUGUACCCCCUGCGUUUCACCUGCUCUCACACCCCAACCCCCUCCUCUUUCAACCUUCACGUUCCUCAACUCUUUUUGUAAGUCCAUGUUUACACAGUGCAAAUGAAUGGUGUCAACUGCAGUGAAAAUUGAACAAACAGUGCAUUUUACAAUGUGAAAUUACUAAAAUGCAUUUGCAUCUCACCGUAGUAAUUUGCUAGCUCAAGAUAUUGAAUAAUGUCAUGUUCUUGUUUCGAGUAGCUUUGAGCCACUGAACAGUGGAGUUUGUCAUGUAGCAAGGACCCUGACGUUGAGUUUUUCAUGUAGCAGUUAGCAGUUAACUGAUUUUGAGUAGUGCAUUUGGGAAUGUGGCUUUUCUGUUUCACUGCUGUGAGGGUUGAAUUUACCACAGGUAGCCUAUCUAAUUAGCUGUUAUUUCAUUCAACAUAUGUCCCCAUACAGUGUUUAAGUAUUUUUUUUAGUAUUAUUAUUUUGUAGCUGACCAAAUGCUUUUGACAUUAUUCUCACAUCAGCCAUUCUGAACUCACAUCAACAUGUUGAGCAUAGGAGGUCUAUUAACAGACCUCGUUGCCAGAUUAGCUUGCAAUCUCAGGAAAACUGAAUGCUUGAAUUUAGCUUGGUGGUUACCUAGCUCCUUAUCUAGCUGACUUACUUUUCAGAGUCCCUAAGUAACUCACUUGGGGUUGUGUGAAACACAUAAUAUGGUGAAAACCAUGACAAAUUAGUAAGUGCAAAAUGUGUAAUUCAAGAUUUUUCUGCAUUGAUAUGGACAAAAGCUAGCUAAAGAUAUAACUGAACAGUGAAGGUUUUCUUUUUUGUUUAAUGAGUAAUGACUUAAUACAACAUCUAAAAUAUACAAUCUAUACAAUGUAAUAAAACAAAAAAUAGAAGCUAAAACUUAAACUUAAGCAUCGGCAUCAUUGUUAGAUUCUGAUAACUGGAUGAAAUAGGCCAAAUAUCAUAUUAGCCAGGACAUCUGACAUCUAUUAAACUGACUUAAUUAAAAAAUAAAAACAUUUUACCAUCUCAAAGUGAAUUAGUAUUGACCUGUGGACUAGUUGACUUGUGGUAUGAUAUUCUCUACACCCCUAUAUAUCAAAGAGAGAGAAAGCGUAUUCACACAGUAUUUCAAUAUAGGUUACAGUUCUCUGCAAACUCAUGCUUUCAGAGAACCAAGGUUACAGUUUUAACUUAAGGUUUUAAAUGCCAACUUACAUUUACGCCAAUCUGUGAAUGACUUCAGCCACUUUGCAAGUGUAGUUUUCUUAUAUACAGUAUUGAUUUUUUUUUCUCACAAUACAAGCCUUUAUUCUUUAAAACUUUAAAGUUCCAUUUGUUUUGUUAUAUGUGUUUUAUCUUGUUGAGUUUCCUCACAUUUAUAUACAAUGGCUGCUGUGGGAGUAAUGUCUACUGUGGUAUGAACUCAAUUAGCAUGUGUAACCCAGCACCAGUUUUUAAUGAGCAACUGUACCCUUAACCCAUAUCUCUGUGAUGCCAGAUAUCAUGGUUAUAUCUGCACAUCAGAUGGUGACAUUACCUGGCACCGAGAGCCAGCUAAUAGGAGGACAACUUCAGUACGUCAGUCUUCACUGAUUUUUGGUUAUGUAGGUGGCAUUUUUUUUAAUUGACAGUUGGUGACAUACAUUUGUUCAUGUAGUUUUUAAUUCAUGAAACUCUUUGGGGUUAAGCGUUGAAUCUCUGAGUGUUGACAUAAGGGGCAUGUAAGAGGUGAGAUGAACAGACUGUCUUGCUGUCAAGGGAUCAUUUCUGACUUCGACAAGAGUCUGCUGCUACCUUGAGACAGAAGAGGCUAAGUGAGAUAAAGACAGCACCUCAUUGUUUUCCAUGCAGCUAAAGUUGUUUUUCUUUUUCCUGCCUUCCGUUUGCGUAUUCUUUGUCUGAAUCAGCGAUGGGUAGAUUAUAUUAGCUGUGUAAGUCUAGUAGAGAUUGUACAUAAGAAAAUGUUGUUCUAUUAGAAUUAUAUUUGUAUUUAUUGACAUCUUUUAGUGCUAUGGUGUAAAAUUUUUCCUCAGUAGAAGUGGCAGUAGCUUUGUAGGCACUGCAGCUUCUUGUAACAGUUUGUCUGAAUCAGAAUAACUACCAUCGGAAACUUCAGACAGAUAAAUUCAUCUGAAUGACAUUGAAUAUGAAGCCUUAAACAUCACCACAUGGCAGAGGAGGUUUUAAGGGUUUUCAAGAGAUGACUUUCUUUUUUGAUGUGAUGUGAACUCCCAGUCAGCAGGGAGAUACCCUCUAGCGGUCUUUAAGUGAGGACCUUUUGGCAUCAUAUUACACAAUACCAGUUUACUGUUGCAUUGACAUAUUAACUUCUGUAUGUCAGACGUUUUCACUUAUCAACAUAUCACUGGGAAAAUAACUUUGAAAUAAGACCACCUCAGUAUCAUCAGUAUCUCUAAACUAAUAAUUAUAUAUAUUGCCACCAUUAACCCCAACUACAGGAGACAAGGCUCUCAAUAGGUAGAACUCAACUUCUGGAGAACAUUACAGAAAAAACAUUGGCUAUAAGAAUCAAAUGCUGGAUGGGUCUGAUCAGCUGUUUCACAAAAAAAAAGACAAGACCAUUGUCUGGAAGGUCUGAUGAGCAUUUACUUGUCA